AUGAAGCCUUUCGCCAUCACCACGGCGCUCUUUAGCUUCAUAUCCGUCGCACUCGCUGGCGCAACUACAGACUCCAAGACAUCAAAGGUCAUCCUGUCCGUCGACUUUAAGCCUCCACAGGUUUUCAAGAACGCCAAUUUGGUGCACGUCAUCUCUCUCGAGAAGACCUACGUAAAGGAACAGAUCAAUGUCCUCGUCGAGAACGUUGCAAAGGAGCCGCAGACAGAAUACUAUGUGCCAUUUACUGCCGAACAGCUUCCUCGUAUAGGAGGUUUCGAGGUUAAGGAUCGUAAGGAUGCGAACGCCGGACCGUUCGCGGCCGAGGCUGUCGAGUACGAUCCUGUCAGUGAUGUUCAGUACUAUCGUAUCCGACUGCCCACGCCGCUCAAGCCUGGUGCCCAACAAACACUCGGAAUCACCUACUAUUACCUGAAAGCCUACACUCCUCUCCCCGCGGCCGUUUCCCAGGACGAUGACCAAUACCUGAGCUUCAACUUUUCCGUUUAUGCACCAUCUGCCUAUAUCACGAAGAAGCAGAAGACUGAGCUUAAGGCUGCUUCGGCCGAUGUCCCCGAUUAUACAAAGCUUCCAGGCAGCGGCGAGGUCAAGGAGUUUCCUGUAAAGCAGGGCACCAAGCUCAUCUAUGGUCCCUUUGAUGAAAAGCCCGCCGGUGCUGUCUCUCCUGCCAACGUUCGCUUUCAGUUUACCAAACCGGUUAUUCAUGUCAAGGAGCUCGACCGUUUGAUUGAAGUCAGCCACUGGGGCGGCAACAUCGCCUUCGAGGAGCACUACGAGAUGUAUCACGGCGGCGCUAACCUUUCUGACAACUUCGACCGAAUCAAAUAUUCUCAGCAUUCGUUGUACCGUCAGCAUGGGGUUGCAGGAGUUCGUCCUUCGCAUUACCUCGACCAAUUGCGAAUUCCUCUUCCGGGCGGAAGCGUGGACGCCUACUAUACAGAUGUGAUCGGCAACGUCACAACGUCUACUUGGCGAACCGACAACCGAGACGCUCUUCUUGUUCUGAAGCCGAGAUACCCUCUUUUUGGUGGAUGGAGGUACCCUUUCACUAUUGGAUGGAACUCCGAUGCUUCUAACUUCCUGCGAAAGACCGCCACUGGUAGUUUCGUUCUCCGAAUUCCUUUCAUCGAAGGCCCCAAGCAGCCAGAAGGCGUUGAAUAUGAGCACAUCAACGUCAAUGUUCUCCUUCCAGAAGGCGCCGAGAACGUCAAGUUCCACACCAACAUUCCCGAAUCGUCGAUUGUAUCUACCUCGGUUGAUUUGACCAGAACCUACCUCGAUACUGUCGGCAGAACAGCAGUCAGCAUCAAGGCACGAAACCUGGUCGACGAGUUCCGAGACCGCCAACUCAUCAUCUCUUACGAUGCGCCUCUCUCGAGCGCUCUUCGAAAACCUUUGGUCAUCUUUGCCAGUGCCAUGGUGUUUGCAAGACGCAAGAAACAUCAGAUGACAGUCAAAUACUCGCUUGACUUUGGUCAUGUUCUGACAAAGACAGCAAAGCCACCACCAAGAGACAGGGUCCAAGCCAUUAUCCGCGAGGCGGGCAAUUCCGUUCUAACACGGACUUGGUACUACGCCAAGUGCGUGUGGAGGGACUGUGUCUCCCAGUUGAGCCUGAGAUGGGUGGGCGAGACAGACUCCGAAUGGCCACCCUGGCUGAGGGCCCUCUCCUUGUCUGAGCCAGGUUCUGACAGCAUGGCUGCGACCAGUCUCACCCUCGCCGAACAAGCCCUCAAACAACCACCAGGAUGUGUUUCGGCAGUGAACCCAAGCCUAGGACCAAGUACUACUAUCACGAAGAGAUUACACCUUCUAGGCGAUACACAGGCCAUCAUCACCAUCACCACCAUCACCAUCAUCACUCACGCUCUCCCCGAGCAAGCUACACCAGUGUCUCUAGACGGUCCUACAGCCACAGCCCACGAAACAGUGGCACUGUUGUCUAUGAGCGCUAUUGAUCGUCUGGAGGCACCAAUGCUGAAUUGUGGGUGUAAUUAG